AUGGUGAUCCCGGAAAUCUUCAUGUGGCGGCCGAAUUUCAUGUGGCUUGCUUUUGGCCGCAGCUCUGAGACAAGCCGCUUAUCCACACAUUACGUAUACUUCCUUACACCCUCCGGCCCAUUUCGUGAGUCGUCUACUGAGAGAGCAACGACCGAAUCCAGCAUCGUCCAGAGUAUGAAGGGUACCUAUGGGAAUGUUGAGAAGGGGGAAGCUUUUCUUAGCCACAACCACGGUUACGCAGUCCAGUGGGGCUGCACCAAUUUGGUAUUCGGUUUACUGUGCGCCGCGUCAGUGCAAGUGUAA